AGGAGGAGGAGACUGCGAGGAGGAGGCGGAGAGAGGGAGAGAGGGAGGAAAGCGCUGUUUUUCAGCCCCCUUUUCCCUCUCGCCAGUUGCAUUUCCCUCUCGGCCGAAGCGUGCACGGACGGAGCCGAACGUGGCUACCAAACCAGCCGGAGGAGAGGGGUCUCCCCACCGUGGAUUAUAAAGCCUUACGUGGAUACAAUUGUGACUUUUUACUCCAAAGAGAAACACCCGGAGUUCGUUUGUGGAAGAAGCGAACUCGUCGGGCUCGAUGAGUGUAGACAGGCUGCCGGUGAGAAGCUCCCUGUUGACAUAAGACGGCGAGGAGAUUACAGGCGAAGCUCAGAAGGCGGAACAACACGCACUCACUGGCAAGGCGUCUUCUCCCGCCGCCUUCAAGAGCCAUGAGCUGGCUGCUUGUGGACCACAUCGCCAGCAGUUUCCGCGAAGAUGCUCCUCGACCCCCGGUGCCCGGGGAGGAGGGCGAGGCGCCCUGCCACCCCGGCAAACGCACCAUAAUGAAACCGGAGACCGCCAAAUCCGUCACUUUCAGCCCGCCGAGCUCCUCGGCCAGGCGGAACGAGGAUGGUCUCGGGGAGCCCGAGGGGAGCGCCUCCCCGGAUUCGCCGCUGUCCCGCUGGACCAAAUCUCUGCAUUCGCUCCUCGGGGACCAGGACGGCGCUCUCCUGUUUCGGACAUUCCUGGAGGUGGAGAAAUGCGCCGACACGUUGGACUUUUGGUUCGCCUGCAACGGCUUCAGGCAAAUGGACCUGAAGGAUACCAAAACGCAGCGAGUGGCCAAAGCCAUUUACAAGCGCUACAUCGAAAACAACGGCGUCGUGGCCAAGCAGCUCAAGCCGGCCACCAAAACCUUCAUCCGGGAUAACAUCAAAAAGCAGCACAUCGACUCUGCCAUGUUCGACCAGGCGCAGAUGGAGAUCCAGACCAAUAUGGAGGAGAACUCCUACCAGAUGUUCCUGUCUUCUGACGUUUUCUUCAAGUUUGUGAGGAGCGGCGGCGAGAACACCAAUCACGUCAACCCGAACGGCCUGAGCGAGUUGCAAGUCAUGUGCGGAUAUCUGCCCACGCUCAACGAAGAAGAAGAGUGGAGUUUCGAUUUCAAAAGCAAAACGGCUGCCGGAGGGCUGCUGGUGAAGACGCAGAGGACCACCACGUCCGUGAGGGGCCUGGAGGUCAUGGAGAGGGGCUACAGGCCGUACAGGGGAGGAGGCGUCUGCCUCAUGGGCUCGUUUGCGCCGGUCAGCAGCACCAAUGACAGCGAAGUGUCCAGCGACGCCUUGACCGAUGACAACAUGUCUGUGACCGACGGCAGCGUAGAUGGCAUCCCUCCGUACAAACUGAGCUCCAAGAAGCUGCUUCAGAGGGAGAUGCAGCGCAACAUGCGCAUGAACAGCCAAGUGUCUCUGCCUGCUUUCCCCCGCACCCGCUGUCCACCCAAAGAAGGCAUCCCAGUCGAGCCGGCAAAGUUUGCUGCUCAGCUCAUCUCCCGCCUGGAGAGCCUGAAGAGGGAACAGGACACCCUCAGCUCUCUGGAGGUGAGGCUGCAGCAGAUUCAGGAGGAGGAAGAAAGAGAGGACGCAGAGAUGGUAGUAAGCGGCCAGCAGAAUCCCCCGCACCCGCUGAGCCUCCUCCCCGGCUCGUCCGAGGAGGACCCGCAGGCCAUCCUGGACGAGCACCUCUCGCGUGUCCUGAAGACCCCCGGCUGCCAGUCGCCCGCCGUCAUCUGGCACUCGCCUCGCUCCAGUUCGCCCGACCACCGGCCCUUCCCGCGAGCAGGCUUCGGACUCAAGGCUUCCCUUUCCGGUCCCGACCAGGGGAUCUUCACGCUCACCCUGGGCCCCGGCGGGACCCUCGUGAGCAGGCAGAGCACAAAGCACAUCCACCACCACUACAUCCACCAUCACACCGCCAAGACCAAGGAGCAGUUUGAGAGGGACGCCGCCCUCCGUGUGCGCACUCUGUGCUCCGCUAGUGGCGAUUGCCAGCCCUGCCAGCCUUACCAGCGCAGCCGCAGCCUGGGCCGGGAGAUGUGCGGCGCUGUCUCCACCGACGCCGGCAUGGGGCGUUCCAGCUCCCUGUCCAGACGCGUGUGUCGCUCAGGGCUUGAGGAUGGCGCGGCCGCCAGGUGCGGCCAGGAGUGCGGGCCCCUACAGCUGCCCAGCGACACGGCCGAUCCCGCUCAGAACGUCUUGCAGUGGAUCCUUGAAAGCAAGCGACAAGGCCGGCACAAGUCAAGCACCCAAAGCACCAAAAAAUCUUUUGGUGGCUCCUCGGCCCAGACGCACACGUGGGGCGGCGGCGGCAACUGUGCCCACCUUCGCAGCCACCAGCCGUCGCAGCCGUUCAUCCAGGACCCCGCCAUGCCUCCCUUGCCCCCUCCCAACACUUUGGCCCAGCUGGAGGAGGCGUGCCGCCGUCUCGAGGAGGUCUCCACCCCCAAGAGUGCCAAGCAAAGGCAUUCACUGUCCAGUCUCCAGAGGGAUAAGAGCCACCUUGUGCCUUUACAGAGUGAGGGGUCCGUCCCUAUGUCUCCUGCCAAUCCUCACCCCCCCAGCAGCAGCAGCAGCCUCUGCCCCCAAUCAAAUGACACUGCGGAGUGUCUGAAGGGUUUCGCAAGCCACGGGCUGUGCAGCGGCGAGACGGUGGUGACGUACUUCUUCUGCGGGGAGGAGAUCCCUUACCGGAGGACCAUGAAGAGCCACAGUCUCACCCUCGGCCACUUCAAAGAGCAGCUGCGCAAGAGGGGCAGCUACAGGUACUAUUUCAAGAAGGCCAGCGACGAGUUUGAGUGCGGCGCGGUGUUUGAGGAAGUGUCAGACGACGGCUCCUUGCUGCCCACCUACGAGGGCAAAAUCCUGGGCAAGGUGGAGAGGAUGGACUGAGACCAAUGAAGGACGACCGAACGAAAGCUCUCUGGAAACGUGUCGGCAGACACCGAAGGUGAAUGACCACUCGUCAAGCAAGCAAGGGGACCGAACCGCCCCGUCCCCCCCACCGUGCCGGCGCCUUCCGCGCCACUUGUAUUGUAGUGUAAAGCUCUCUAUUGCUAUUUAUUGAAGAUACCCCAGCCCCACAACUUGACACUUCCAUGGACAUGCUGCUUGGUGAUGGGCGGAAAAACACAAAACAGCUCCACUUUGUUUUUCUUUUUUACCCUUUUCCUAUGAUCAUCACUUCUACAAGGAUAUAUCUAUUGUUUUUUUUCAGGCUGCAAACUUCACAAAUACCUUUCGUGUUUUGCUCUUCGUGCCCCCCCCCCCCCCCCGCCCCCCCCACACACACACACACACUUCUCUCCCCACUUUUCAUUUUCUCUGAAGAGUCACUUUCAUCAUUGACGUCUCCUCUCUGGGACUCGCCUUGAUCCGUCUCGUUGCAGUGCCUUUGUUUGAGUGGCGCAGGCGUUGCACAAAUAGCCUUCGUUUCCACGAAGAGCCCCCCCCACCCCUGACAGCCCCCCUUCUUCGCCCAUACACCCUCUCUCCCCAAAAAAAAGACAUAUUUACACCCUGAAGAAUUUUGACCAACAGAAGCUCAACAACUUGCUCUCCAAAUGUGCUUGUGUGUGUGUGUGUGUGUAUGCGUGUGCGCGUGUGUUUGACCGAGUUGACUUGUGUGCAACUCAGAGCUGGAUGAUGAAUGAUGAUGAUGAUGAUGAUGCUGUCGUGUUUGUAUGAAGUACAGCAGCUGUACCUACAUGGAUUCUUGCCGUGUUUGACCCCGUUUUAAGGGGUCCCUUUACUCCCUUGAUUUUCACAAGGGGCUGAAAAAAAAUGAACUAAAGAUAUUUUUAUGCUUUUUUUUUUUAAUCCCUAUCUCGUUUCAUCAUCCUUUUAUGUUUUAUAAUAUUUUACAUGGCUUCUUCAGCUCUACUUAAAACUGUAAAUUAUGCGUUCCAUAGAGCUCGGUACUUUAAUUAUUGUAAUUAUGAAGAGAUGUAGCCUCUAUUAAAAUGUUCUAUUUUUCAAA